UACAACUUCACGAAAAGAACAGAGAAAAUAGUUGACGUCUUAGACCAUGAGCAGAGAAAGCAUGCCAGUAAGCCAAAGAGAGAACCCUGAAAAAAAACCCUUGACCCCUCUUCCCUUCUUUACUUUGAGCUCAACGCCAACGGUGUUAAUUUUUGAGGUUUUGAAGCAACAUAAAGAGCAAGAUGAAGAACUGUAAUAGAAAUCGUAGUAGUACUAGAUGAAGAAUAUUCUUGAGAGGGAAUAAAACAUAAGUCUUCCGCCCUCUUAAUAUUCAUAAGCACACCCACAAGAAGCAGAAGGAGCAGCUUCAAACUUUCUGACCAGGAACGUUUCAACGGCCAAAAAAGGGAGCAGCUACUUCCAAAGAAGCAUAAAAAUGGCAUCCUCCUCGUCAGGUGGCCUCCAUGUGGCGCCUGCCGAGUUUGCGUCUUUGGUGCACAGCGCAGGCCUUCCAUUUUUAUGUUCUCAAUUCCAAAAAAGGUUCUUCUAGAAAAAAUCAAUAUCAAGCUUCCAUCGAAACUAGGUUCUUCUUGAAAUCUUCACACCCCCUUCAUACUGCCCAGCAAGCGGAGAAAAAGGAAAGAAAACGACGAUGAUUGUUUAUGGCAAAAGAAAAAGAUGUCAUAUUAUGUAUGAGCGUUGAUGUAGAAGCAAGAAAGAAUACGCAUCAAAGCAAAAGUCAAGCAAUUCCAUUCUCGCCUCUGCCUCUAACCCGCCUACGUAGUCCGACGUUGUGGCUGAGUCCUCUGAAUUUCGAAUGCGAAGCAUCUGUGUCAUGCCUAUGCAAAGCUGAAGGCGGAUUCACAGGAUGUCGCUUUGGUUUUUGUGUUGAGGAAUAAAGAACCGAAAGAAAGUGUCAAGCUAUUUGAGAAAGCAGUACUUUUAAAGGCUUUAUUUUUGAUACGCACGCCGUAUUUAGACAUAGAAGAGCUACUUUUCUCUUUCAUUCUACAUCCUCGUCUACGUCUACUGGAAUUAGCG